AUGGGACAAAAAUUCACUACAAAAGCUACAGACCCUGAUAUUAUUUCAGCCAGAGAGCAUCGUUCAUCAACAAUCGAACAAGCCAGAGAAAAAAAUUUUUCAAUCUAUAAUCAAAUGAUGUGAAGAAUAUUAAAUAAACACUCAAAAUCAAUUACCCCAAAGCUAGAUUUCCUUAACCUACCAAACGAAGUUAUUCUAAUCAUAAUCAAAUUUCUUGCAAGUGAUAUAAGAGCUCUCAUGGCUGUAUCGCCCUCUUGAUAUAUCCAUAUCAUUGAUGCUUUUGACGAAAUGUUCAAUCCAAUUGAAAGCCAUUUUGCGUUAGUCCAUUCUCACCUUUUUGCAUUCAAUAAAAGCUUUUUAAGCAGCAGUGGCAUCUGUGUUAGUGAACGAAAAGGCUACAGAGUUGAUCGUGCAAUUGUGGCAGAGCCUCUAAGCACUUUAGAAGGCAAAACAAUAAAAUUUCGAUAUACCUAUAGGACCUACCAAUCUGAAUUUAUUUUUAAAGCUGAAUUCAAGCUUGACAUAAUACGAUACCAAAAGAUGAGUUUAUGACUCCACAAAGACGAAUGCAGAAUCAACGCAAACGACUCUAAUAAAGCUUAUUCCAAACAAAUUCCUGAAAUCUGUAUAGGAGAUUUGUUUGAGUUCGCUAUAAACUGAUACAACUUACUAGGCCUCACAAGGCUUGAGUCUAUCCAAUGGCAGCCUCCUAUAAUCCAAGACACUAAAGCUAUCCUAAAAUCCAUCAAACUCGAGCCCGAUUUUCCAAGAAAAAAAGCAGAAAACCAAGGAAUAAAGCAGAAGCUUUACAUGUACAACAUCUCCAGGCAUUGUGAAAUGGAGCUGAUACAAAAUGAUUGGUAUGAUGCCAGAUAUUACUCUAAAUCCAACGUAUCCUUUGACUAUAACCAUUUUGAACCUUUUUUGAAGCUGAUUAAGGCAGAAUUUGCAGGGGUCGACGUGAUUGUCGCUAAAUAUACAUUUAAAGCCGUAAAAGAAGGGAUUGUAUUGGACGCUAUAUCAAGACUAGGGAUAUUAAUUGAGGUCAAACUUAAAGAAGAAGUGAUUACAAAUGAGGUAAAAAGAAUGGGACUUUUGUUUGAUAGGCAUAAGCCUGUCCAAAUGAGGAUUGGUGAUAUUCUAGUGGUGUUUAUUAGCAGAGGAGGAUAG